AUGAAUAAAAUUCUUGAUUUUUCAGAAUUCAAUCAGCCACCAGCACCUGACCUUGGUGGAAAUGAUGUACUGCCAGAAGUGCUUUUCACGACCACUGCCGAAAAAAUGAAAAAAGAUCUGUACAAUGGUAAGGAUAUACCUCCGGACACUCUGAUCGAUCCAGAUGGCCGCAUUGCUGCUUACUCCAAACGCCGCAAACAAAAGUAA